AUGGCUAGACUAUGGACUGCAGACGAGACUAUGAAUUUAGCGAGAGCUUGGCUUGAAGUAUCCAAAGAUCCAAACGCAACGAGGUACCAACAAGGGAGAACAUUUUGGUUUCGUUUAAAGUUAGUGUUUAAUAAUCUACAAAAUAAUCAAGGCGAGGAAAGGACCAUUGAGAGUUUGCAAGGAAAAUGGCGGAAGAUGCAUCGGGAUAUUAUGAAUUUCCAGCACAUCGUGGCUCGUUUGAACAACCAAAACAACCAAAACAACCGGAUGGUUCUCGAAAAUGCUUUAGUCGAGUAUAAUCUCACCCAUCCUCAGUUUCUGUACAUCGCGAAGUGGAAUAUUCUACGAGCUAGUGCGAUAUUUAUGAAUUUCUAG